GGUCAUGAGGCUCGACUUACUUUGCGUCGGCCAUCGUCCGAUGCAUAGUAUUAAAGCCAUGGCUGCCAGUCCAACGUCCCGGAGGGGAGAGGGCAGAAGGAUUUUCCCAAUAAUCACGCCAGGAUGGCGCCCUCACAUUCGUUUCUGCUAGCUCUGUCGCUCAUUUCUACCUAUCUGUGUUCUCUCGUUCUUGCGGCCCCGUGGAUUGCUACGGAUUACUAUGAACAGGCGGUCGUCACCGAAAAACACUACCGCACUACCGAGGUAUUCACCACUAUCCAACAAGUUAGUCCGACGGUCACCUCUCUGCCCGAGGCCGUAUCAACAAUCACUUCGAUCGGCACCGGCUACCGCAACUUAGAGGAAAUCACCGUCAUCCAGAAGCUAUAUCCCACCGGCAUUGGAAAGUCGAUCAGCCCAUACGACUACCUUUAUUACAACGAUGCCGAUGGCGAUUACCACACAACCAUCUACAAGGUCAUUCUGACCUACUCAGCCCCAACAGGCUGCUCGUCGCAAUGGACCCAGACCACUGAAGCCCGAGUGAAUCCGCCCUCGGAGGUGAAGAACUUGCUCCCCCGGACCGCCACGACCACGUCUGUCUCAGUCGAUUCCAGCCAGCCCUUCCAGCCAACCACAUACACGUACGACGUGGUCUAUGUCGACCCGACUCAGCUCCCCAGUCGCUCCCUCAGCUCCCUCAGCCGGUACAACCUGCCCACCUCCCUGUAUACAGGCGCAGGAUGUUCUUACACUAGCACGUCCGAUGGCUCCUAUUACAGUGGCAACAGCUACUACAACGGCUACUACCGGGACGACGGCAACUGGUUCACCGAUGAUUACUGGAUGGGCAUCUCCCCACUAGCCCUCACCCUCAUUCUCACCUUAGGCUGGAUCGGUCUGUUCCUGAUCCUUGGCUUCAUCGAAGCCUUCAUCCGGUUCCGCCGCCUAAUGACCGGCUGGCAAACUCGUCGCGGCCUACCCGUCUGCUGGUCUCUCACUAUUCUCCCAUUCACCCUGCUUCUCCUCUGCUUCUUCCGGAAGGGAUUCCGCGCCCGCUCCCAGGCGGACGCAGAGAUCUUAAAGAAGCGAUGGGACGCAAUGGGCUUCUGGACAAAGCUGCGCCUGUUCUUCGUCUGGGGAUUCCGUUUCUCCUAUCCGCCGAUGCUGGGCCCCGCCCCGGCGCGCGUCAAGACGAGCAAACAGCCGGGUAAAAACCCAGGUCCCCGCCUGCUGGACCCUAGCCCGUCGCAGAGCGUGGCGCCCGAUUCGCGUCAGGGAUCGGCCGCUCAGCCAAGUGCCACCGACCCCGAAAUGGCAGAGGCUUCUCCGGAAACCGCGCAGCCUCGGCCGCAGGGUGCUGUCCCAUCACCGACCACCUCUGGCGCGCUUCCAUCCCACCAGGAUGACGAGAUCGGUCGGGCGCACUGAGUGGCAUCUACCCUGCCAGAGCGGUGAUAAAGUACUACCUACCCAUCCUGUUGGUGUUUAAUGCGAAAUACAUGGAGUAGGGCGUUGUAAUGCUCUAAAGCAAUAUCCGCACAUGCCCAUCAAUGCGCCAGGCAGAGACGGUCGGACUCCGGCGCCAGUCAUUCCUUUCUUUAUAUUCUAUCCUUGUAUCAGGAUCCUCCUGACGCCGUUUCGUUCUCUAGAAGGCUUCUCUGUUUCCGGCGUGUCUUUUCACUAGGUGGUUAAACAAC